AUGACCAUCUCCACAACAUUCGUCCUGGGCGCAAAAGGAGCGUACUUCUUCAACAGCCCCACACACUGGGCAUGGCACAACCUCCCACCAGACGUCGAAACACUCUUCACCAAAACACCACCCAUCCGAGACGUGAUUGAGCUCACACUCGGCGCAAAUGAUUCCUACUUUGUCAGCUACCGCGACCACGACGGUCAGGUUCUUUGCAAGCACUACAACCUCCCCAAUCCGCUGGUUGAAUAUCUAUACGCAUCUCAUCCUGCUGUGAUCCGUGAUUUAUCAACCCUCAGCAUCACUCUUGGACCCUACGGCUCGUACUAUGCCUGGGACCGGACUUCUGCAUCGUGGAGUAACAUCCCGCCUGGCCUCGAGAAGUCGUUGCUGAACCGGCUGGAAAGUCAGGAUGCGUGGGGAACCACCUGGAAAGCAGACGGCUACGAAGCACCCUCUUUUGUCAGCUUGGGAAAUGAUGGAGCGUACUUCAUGCGCACAGUGUCUGGCGGUGGGUGUUGCGACUUCAAGCUGCCGAAGGUUGAGGGAAGGGGUGGGCUUGGUAUGGUGGGCGGUGAUGGGUGGGAAGGGAUCAGAGGGACGAAUAAGUUCCUGGAAGAAUGCUCAGACUUCACCGUCAUCGCAGCUGUGCAUCUCAUGCCAACACAAGCAAACGCCUACGUCCUCAUCCUAACUAACGGGAAGACGUUCUCUAACCUUCCAGAGCAUACAUGGGCAGACUACGCCAAAAUGGCAGAUAAGCUGCCAACGUUUGUCCAACACAUGGCUCCGUUGCCACCUAUGCCUGCUCCGCCCCAGGUGCAUCCGCCGCAGAUGCCUCCACGGCCUCAGCAGUAUCAAGAUCAGCCUCCAGAAUACAAGCAGAGUCAACGUGCGCAAUCCGGAUGCUGCCCCCAUGCCAACACAGGUGCGCCGCAUACUUGUUGUCCACCUGCGCCGAUGCAGGCGAGGCCGUGGCCGAUGCCUCCUAUCAACGCACCCCAGACAUGA